CUGGAAUUCACUGACGUCAGUGGAGGAGCUCAGAUGAACGCGAGAACAUUGCGGACACGCGCUCCAAGCACACACGCGCUCACAGCAUCUCUCUCAGUCGCUCUCGCUCUCUGCCCCGUCCCACCGGACAGCUGCGGCAAUUAGACAACAUUAGACUCGUGCCCGGCAAAGAGCCUGCAUUCAAUCCGGAGAAAGGGGCUAAGCUGACAGUGGAAGUGGUCAUUUAAACGCCAAGGCAAAUAAAGGAAAGACAUCGGUGUGUCCUCGAGGGCUCGCACCAGCGCCAGGGCUCCGCAUUAUUCUAGCGACGAGUAUGGCAUCACACUAGUGCUCCACCUCUUCACACCACUCCUCCCCAAGACACAGCACCCGUAUCCCCAACAUGGACGCCCCUCCUGGGGUCCGAGAUACCGGUGGUGGCGUCAUAGGUAGCAGUUCCAACGGUGGCGGCGGCAUCGGCGGCAUCUACGAGCUGCUGGGCCGCACGUUGGGCCGCGGCCACUUCGCCGUAGUGCACUUGGCCCGCCACCUGCCCACCGGCCAGCGGGUGGCGCUCAAGGAGAUCGACAAGCGACGGGUGGAGGGCGCGGAGCCCGGGGGCUGGGGCUCGGGACGCCUCCUCCAGGAGGUCAACUGUAUGAAGCUGCUGCGGCACCCGGGCGUGGUGCGCCUCUUCGAGGUCAUCGACACGCCCACCAAGCUCUAUCUGGUCCUGGAGCUGGCCGAGGGCGGCGACCUGUACGACCUGAUCCUGCGGCACGAGUCCGGCGUGGGCGAGGCCCGGGCGCGGCCCCUGUUCGCCCAGGUGGUGCGCGCCAUCGCCUACUGCCACGCCAUGCACGUGGUGCACCGCGACCUCAAGCCCGAGAACCUGCUGCUGUUCCCCCAGCAGGGGGCGCUGAAGCUGACCGACUUCGGGUUCAGCAAGAAGUUCCAGCCGGGAACCAUGUUGGCCACCAGCUGCGGCUCGCUGGCGUACUCGGCGCCGGAGGUGCUGCUAGGGGAGGAGUACCAUGCACCUGCUGUUGAUAUCUGGUCUUUAGGUGUGAUUCUGUACAUGCUGGUGUGUGGGCAUAGUCCGUUCCAGGAGGCCAAUGACAGCGAGACGCUCACCAGGAUAAUGGACUGCAGCUAUACCGUGCCCUCACACAUCUCCAGCGACUGCAGAGAUCUGAUCUCCCUGAUGCUCCAGAGGGAUGCGGGUAGCCGUGCGUCCCUUGAGGUGAUCGAGGGCCACCGCUGGCUAGAGGGAGUAGUGCUGCCUCCUCACACCACUUCAGAUGCUACAGUAGACGCCACAGACACGGCUAAUACUACUACUACUACUACUGCCACAACCCCACACAACCUCACGGACGCCGAGCACCAGCUGAUCCUACACAGUAUGAGACACGUGGCCCCCGCCCAGGACAUUACAGAGGCACUGGAGGCAGACAAGUAUGACCACAUCACAGCCACCUACUACCUCCUGGCUGAACGUGUCCGAAGCGAAAGACAGCAGGACCCUGAGGCAAACACACGGACCAUGUCUGAGCCUCUGACUGUCAUCAUGCCAGAAGAUCCUGUGGCUCUGCUCAGCUGUCCCCGUCACGGCGUGUCCGAGUCCGGUGACCUGGCAAACCCCCGGGUGCCGUCCCUGCAGCACUGUCAACGAGAGGAGGGCCAGCUCAGCCAAUACGGCGCAGGACCGCCGGCGGAGCGCGAUGUUGAUCCCGCCUCCCCCGACGAGCCUGAGCCAAUCAAAAACGUCUGUGCCCUGCAGCAGAUCUGCGAGGAAGAGGAGGAAGAGGAGGAGGAAGAGGAGGAGGAGGUUGAAGCGCAGAACAAGAGAAAUGUAGAGCUGACACAACAUACGUAUCAUCGUCCGGCUGCUCUGCCAUCGUCGCCGCCCCUCACACACCAAAAAUCCCCCCAGGACAGUCACACACUCGCUCACACGCAAACAAAACAGCAGCCCAACGACACGCCAGCAGAGGACGGUGAAGACACGCAGAUGUCUGCCUCCAGCAUCCUCGCUGAGGUGGACAGCUUGCACACACACAAUGAUGUUGCUGAUGAUGAGAAUUCCCUCACACCUGCUGCAUCUGUCGGAGUCGCAGCUCAGGCACAGCCACAGCAGUGUGAUGAUCGGGAAGAGCCUCAGCUCGUGAUUGGACAGAGUGGCGAGGGUGGAGAAGAGCCUCAGCUCCUGAUUGGACAGAGCAGCGAGGGCGGAGAAGCUCCAGAGGUGCCACUGGAGAGGAACAACAACACGCCUCUCCCCUUCGACAAGGCCCUCCCAUCGCCCCGCCCACCGCACAAGAACCACUGUGUGGAGGAGGGGCCAGACGCCGUGGAGGCGGGCCGAACGCCUGUCAGCCCAGCCGAGGAGGCAGGAGAGAGGAUGGGGGAGGAUGAGAUGAAUGUUGCUGACCAAUCAUCAACCAGGAAGACAGGGUCUGAGAGGCGGGGCAGCGCGAAGGAAGGGGGUGUGGCGGGAGGCCCGGAAGUGUGGUCCAAGGGCCGUGGCGUCAGGCUGCGGGACCGCCUACUGCAGUUCCCGCUCUGCGAGAAGGCCCUAUCGCUCAACAUCAACCCCGCCCCCAAAGAGAAGCUGCUGCCGUUCGGGCAGUACAACUGCUGUCAUGUGCUGUGAUACCCCCCCCAGCGCACACAAACACAUAAACAAACUCACACAUACACAAACUUUGUACAUCUACUAAGACCUACUGCAGAUACAUAUCUGAUGUCCCCAGACCUGAGACUUUCCUCAAAGAUGAACUCUACUACGUACGUAGUUCCUGCACUACAGCUGCUGCCACGUGCUAGCUACCUUCAAAACCACCCUGCCCCUCAUAUCUCCGAAACGAGAGCACCUCACUACUUCUACUCUGAGCAGAGGUCCCACACUUCCUCAACUAUUGUAGCAGGCCGCUCUGUAAAUAGGGCUUGUCACACCAUCACCACAACCACUGCUAUGUAUCCACCAUUAGCCUACCUGCUGUCUCCUAUAAAACGAGACAUUCCACGUUUGCGCUGCUAUGUACAUAUUACAGCGAUUAUAUUAUGUGACAUGAGCUGAGAUGAGAUGACUUCUACAAAAGUUGCAUUGUUUCUUGUUUUACUUACGAAACGAAAAAAAAAGAACACAAAUGUACAGUAUAGUAGGCCUACUGUGUGUGUGGCUAAAAGCAUGUGGACAACAAUUAGCACUGGAGGAAUGCUAACAGGGGGCAUGCAGCACUAAUACAAAUGCUAGCUUAAGGGCAAUGUUCUGACGCUAAUAUUAGCUCAGAGAAAUUAAUUUGCCGAGGGAGUGUGCUAAUGCUAUCUGUGACUGCAUCGCAUUGGUUUUUGAGUGAGCUGAUGGCGGCUUGUGGCAGCACAAACUGCCGUGUGUGAGGAAUGGCGCUAACGAUGUUAACGUUAGCUAAAAGCAGUGUAGAUAAAGAUGCAGACUGGUGGGUGAGGAUGAGCUGAUCCUCCAUGUGUUAAUAAAAAAAUCAUCUAAGUGUACUAGAUGUAGUUGACUAUUGGCAGAAACACCCUGGUCAGACUGUGAUAGAGGCUAGGCCCAGGGUGUUGCGGGAGCUUACCUCAGUCUUGUGUGUCCCAUCUGCUAUACACGUACAUUCACGUUUUCUACUGAAACUCAUAUCAAACAUGCUAAACUCUACCAGAAAGCUACUGUAGACAUAGAGUUUUGUCAAAAGGUAAGACGAUUCUUUUCUGUAAAAAAGAUUGGUAAGAUUUGUGAAAUGUGUCUUACAACAGAAAUAUACUGUAAUAAUGUACAUACUUCAUUGUUAUUAUUAUUAUUAUUAUUAUUACCAUGUGUUACUGGUAUGUUUAUACAGUGUAUAUGCUGUAGCUAUCCUUCACCUUUACACCAGACCAGGGGGGUAUUCAAAGUAAGUAGCAGGUAACCCUGAGUUGACUAACCUGACUUACGCCAUCUGGCUCCGUUUUGCCAAACUACACGCGAGGGCGUUCCGCGUUCCGAUUUCCUCACGCAACCAUCUGAGGGCUGUGAAAAUCACAAUUUAUGAAUGAAUGAGCCAAUCAAGAUCACUGGGUGGGAUUUUCCAUAGAUGAAUGGUGUUAUAGGUCUUCUUCCUGGUUGUUAAUCCAAUCACAUGCAAGGAUUUUGAUGAGGAGCAUCAUUCGAGAAUGUGUAGGUUGUGGGUGUUUCCAGAUGGUAUCGUGAAGACGAAGGCGAAACAUACCAGGUGGCGAGAGUCAGUUUAGGUGUUAACACCACAUUAACCCAAAGUCAGUUGUGAACCUCUUAUUAGAGGGGCACCGUGGUGGUGUUUUACUAGGGAAAUACCUAAAGCCACAGUACCCCUCUAUUAGGAUGUUUACCAUUUGGCAAUGAGUUGAGUUAAGAGAUUAAAUCUGCUUUUUGAUACCCUCCAGUUAGUGCACUCGGUUGCUGUGCUCGUCGUCAUCAGAGGUGUUGCCCCUUGGGGAAGUCUGACUGGUGCUUUAUGGCUUAAGCUUGGAACAUUCUUAGUUCUAAAAGGUUCUGUGGACUCAGUAUUUUUGAAACAUGAGGGUCACCACCAGAAUGGUGGAAGUUGCUUGCAGUGUGGUGGGAUUCUCAGUUUGGAGAAGUUGGACCAGCAGAUGUGUGUGUAGUGUGUUUGGGUGUGUGUGUGUGCGCGUGUGUGAGAGAGAGAGACAGAGACAGAGGGACAGGCAGAGAGAGAGAAGAAAAAGAUGGACAGAUUGUGAGAGGAAGAGAAGCGUAUUUAGUUGCUAGAGUGUGUGUGUGUGUGUGUGUGUGUGUGUGUGUGUGUGUGUGUGUGUGUGUGUGUGUGUGUGUGUGUGUGUGUGUGUGUGUGAGAGAGAGAGAGAGAGAGAGAGAGCAGCAGAUUCUGGAGCUGAGCAGUGCUACCACUGGCGUUGGCUCAUUAGUGCUAUCUGGUGGCAGUAAUGGUGACACUGUCACCCGGCGGGGUGCUAAUCCACGUUGAAAGCAGCAGCGUGUAAAUCCACGUGUCCAACAUGUGUGUCACUCAGCUUAUAAGCUUGGUUAAGUAACAGGGUGGAGAAGACAGACGGCAAGCAUGGAGAUGAGACUGUCCCUCCCUCCCUCCUCCCUCCCCAGUGUUGCCAGAUGUGUCUGAUCAAAUUCUGCCCAAAAGGUGCUCAAAAGCCGCCAAGAGGCGCUAAAUUCUGCCCACUUUCAACAAAUUGCAUUGAUUUCUAUGGGCACAAAACUUCAGGAAAAAAACGCCAAAUGGUCAAUUUUUCCCGUUUUUACCCGCAGACGGCCAUCCCAAGUAGCCCAAUUGGGCAGGUAACCGCCCAAUCUGGCAACACUGCCUCCCUCCCUCCCCCUUCCGCAUGCUUCACAAACGUCGCCCAGUGUUACCUCAGUAGGACUCCUCUGAGCUACUGUAUCUGUGUGUAGUAUUUCUGUGUAGGGUUUUAGGGUGUGGUGUUGUCAGAUCCUAGUCAUCAGUCUACGUAGGCGACACAAUGCUGUCCUCCUAUUGACACAGAGCCCUCACAGUACACUCUUCUACUUCGGGAUAUGGUGUCUGUGUACAUUUCCACCAGUGUGUGUGUGUGUGUGUGUGUGUGUGUGUGUGCGUGUUUAUCUUUUCCUGUUGGCACUCACUGAUUUGAGUGUUGACAUGGUGCAGUGUGUGUGUGUGUGUGUGUGUGUGUGUGUGUGUGUGUGUGUGUGCGCGCGGGCGUGUGUGCGUGUGUGUGUGCGUGUUUCUUUUCCUCACGGAUGUGACGUCAUAUCUGACUUAUACCUAUUCUGUCCCGCUGCUGCUCCUCCUUGGUCCCCAUUCAAAGCACACCUCUGACUCAGAGAUCAUUUAUUUUUAUAUUUGCCUAUUAAAAACAACAAAAAACACACGCCCAUCUGUGUUUGACUGUUUAUUUCCAACAAUGUUUUUUUGUGAUUGCACAGCAAUGGAACGUGUGUGUGUGUGUGUGUGUGUGUGUGUGUGUGUGUGUGUGUGUGUGUGUGUGUGUGUGUGCGUGUGCGUGUGCGUGUGCGUGUGCGUGAAUGUACUGAACAUGCGUGAUUGUAAAUGCACAUUAGUAGUCCUACAGUAUGUAUGUGGCAAGUUACAAUAGAUAAACACAAGCUGAACACGUACACACACUUUGAGGGUUUGGAGAACAAAAAAAGUAUUGCUAAAAAAAAAAGCCCAAGGCAUAACCAUACAGGCAACAGUGCACUGGACUGAGGUACAGGACCUCAAAAAGGACUUGGGUCACAUUUGCAAUAUUUCCAAUGUCACAGGGUGACCUAGCUACUAUAGGCCUACUAAGAAUUUACAAGGACAAGAAAGUCUCAAUACGUCUCUUUAAAAAUAAAUGCAUGUUUGAGUGACCGACCCAGAUAUAAGUAUGAGGUACCUCUUGAAAAGUAUUGUGUUUCCAUUCUCUUACAAUUCUCUUACAUUACAAUUCAAUUCAUUGAAUGCUAAAUUCUGUUAGGUGAACUAUGUGUUGCAAAGUGCUCUGUGUAAUAAUUCUGUUACAAUAUAAGUGCAAGUAGACAUUGCUUGACAGCCUUUGGUGAGAUAUUGAUGACUUUCAUGUAGCCAUUUUUGAAUGGUUAAUGGUCGAAUGUUACUGUUUGUUAAUGCUCUAUUAAUGAAGUGACAUAGGCACUGGGUUAGCAAUGGGUUAAACAAUUUCCCUUUUAAAAACAAUUAUUAAAAACAAAAAAAAGAUUUACACAAUAUAGGGACUCUAAUGCUUCUCUGGGUGGAUGAUGCUAACAUACAGUUGGCUAUGUACAGUAUGUUAGUGGUAAGUGAUGUGGGAUUCCCAAAUAUAUACAUGAAUGAAACUUUGUUAUUUUAAAUAACAUCCCACACAUGAAGUGACGGAAUAUCGUGUAUUUGUAUAACAACUUGACCAAAGAAAAAAAAUCGAACUUUUGGGGGGAUUUUUCUACCUUUACCUGAGGGCCAUUAAAAAGAUGACAAAGUAAUAUUAACAAUUCAUUAAAACUGAAUUUGGCUAAUAAAAAUACAUCUUGGCAUUAGGAGAUAUAACUUUUCAAGUGUUUGUGACAUGUAUUGUCUAAAGCACAAAGGCCUUUGGGAAAGUGAGGGAGUGUGUCUUAUCCCAGUGAAGAACGGCGUGUGAGAUCUACUGUACAGCUGUUCAACAUCACGGUUGCCACAGAACCAAACUGUUCUGUGCUAGCCGGCACUAAUGACUUGAAAUGUUGACAUGUUCCGCAUAAAGUAUAUACGGACCAAACGCGCCAUGUACCGUACAUGGUGAGUGAGAGGCAGCGUGUUUGAAAGACACUGUAUAGGCUGUGGUUCUCUAUACAUGCCUUUGUGAGGCAAUUAUAACGGUUGCAGACUGCUGCCUUUACAGUUUUUCUCGAUUGCUUACACACAAUUUUCUGAAUCAGUUCUCGAAUUCUCAGAACUCUACACAUAAAUCUCCAAACCUCACACGCAACGGGCAGAACUCUUCACUUCCUCUGAAAAAUGCACGUCUUGUCUCAAAACAAUGUACUCUCUUCUAAAAACCUCAUCGUGUUCUCAAAUGACACACACAAGCAGUCAUUUCAAUACACUCUUAUGUGAACCAUUGAACACUAAUAUGCACAAGGUAAAACUCUAUACUCAACUUGACACAGUAGAAACUUAUUUUCUUCACUGUUCUACUCUCUAAAGAGGGUAUUUUUCUGUAGUAAAAUACUGAAAUAUUGUUUUUAGACUCGGAGUACACAAAUGUGUGGAAAACAUAUAUUUUACAUAUUUUCUGACAUUUUUUUAAAAUGUACUAAUUUAUUGUAAAAUAUUGGGUAACCACAUGAAAGUGAUCUCUUGUAUAACAUCUUUUGGAGUUCAAAAACUAAACAAAUGUGUUUUCUCACUGCAUCCACUCAUGUCUUCAUCAAUAUCACAUACAAUGUGUGUCCUUAUGGGGUGAUGAUUUCAGAUUGUAAACCGGAAUGAAGAGAGUUUGCCCAUCUGAUGAGGAAGUGAACAUAGGGUGGCAGUUGAUUUUAGUAUUUUGAAUGGCAGUGUGUUCAAUGCGACAACCAGGGUUUUUCUUCAUGAAAAUUGUGUGUAAUCCAGAAAAUUGUGUGUAGUGGUUUGAAAAGAGUGUGUUUUAAAACUGAAAUGUGAGAGUAAAUAAGGAAUUGUGUUUAGUGUUCAGUGACAUUGGUUAGGGGAGUUGGGAAAUGGGUGAGAUGUUCCGAGAAUUGUGUGUGAAGUACCAGAACUUGUGUGGAGGCAAUCGAGAAAAACUGUAAACAUUUGGUUGAGCGAAGCCAUUCUGUGAUCGGCAGUGAGUAAAAAAAAUAAAAUAAUAAAAAACACUAGUAAAGGCAUCCGACUGUACAGUAUAGAGCUUCCUCUCUGUAUAGUCUACAGAGGAUCUGAUCUAUUCGUCAGCAUACUCGUCAGCUAUAAUGUGACUUGGUUAGUACAUUAAGGCAUGGAUUCUCUCCAGCUAUUGAGCGUCUAAUUCCACAAUCAACAGCUUGAUGAAUCUUAAAUGCAUCUCUGCUGGGAUGACAGCAGUGGGGGGGGAUUGCAGUGCCCAGGGCUGGACUGGCCAUCUGGCAUAGCGAACAUUUCCUGGUGGGCCCUGCACCCUCCUGGGCCCCUAUUCUCAGAAAUGUUAUAUAUAUAUA